AUGGCAAAGGUUAAGAACGCCUGUUUCUACUGCUUAAAAACUAAUCACAGCUGCAAAACUUGUCGCUACAAGGAAAAGUGCAAGCUGGUUAAUGACAGUCAAGAGCAAACGGUGAGAGCAAUUAUCGACACUGGCUCUCAUCACUCCUACAUCCUGGGUCAAGUAGCUGAAUCCUUGGGAUAUGAAAUAGAAGAAAGUCGUACCAUAGUACACUCCCUCUUUGGCGGCUCCCAGACCCAACCACAAGAUCACCCACCUUAUCGAGGAAGACAGCCUAUUUCAUUGCUGAUUGGUGCGGACGUUGUGGGAAGGCUGUACACUGGUGGGCUACACAAUCUCGACAGCGGCAUUACGGCCGUAGAAACACGACUGGGCUGGACGCUCCUAGGAAAAGCCUCCCAACCACAAUCAGAAGAAGCAGAUCCAGCUUUGCUCACUGUGUCAAUGUUCGUUCAGGAAGCCAACGUCAACCAACUCUGGGACCUAGACGUACUGGGCAUCACGGAUGCCGUCCAAAAGAUUUCUAAGGAAGCUCAUCAACAGCAGGUACUGAUGAAGUUUCACGACAUCACCAGGAUAAACGCACAAGGUCGUUAUGAGGUAUUAUUACCCUGGAAGGAGAAUCAUCCAUCCCUCCCAGACAAUCGUUUUUUAGCAGAGAAGGGACUGGACCCGACAUGGACUCGACUAAAGGCAAAGAACAUGGUGAGUGAUUACGAGAAAAUAUUCUAUGAGUGGCUUGAGGAGGGAAUCAUCGAGAGGGUACCAGAAGAUGAGGUGAACAAUCCUGGACAUUACAUUCCCCAUCGAUCAGUCAUAAAAGAGAACAGUACCACAAGAAUCAGGCCAGUGUUCGACGCUUCAGCGAAAGGAAAAAUCGGACCCUUACUCAAUGAAUGCCUGGAGACCGGGCCAAACCUGAUUGAGCUCAUUCUCUCCUUGCUCAUGCGGUUCAGAGAGAAAAGGAUUGGGGUCAUAGCAGAUGUACGCAAGGCCUUCCUCCAAAUUAGUGUUGACCCUGAGGACAGAGACUUCCUGAGAGUUUUAUGGAGACCAACACACAACCCAGACAUAAGAGAGCACUAUCGUCAUCUCAGAGUUGUUUUUGGAGUCUCCAGCUAUGGAAAAUACAGAGCUAUGGAAAAUACAGAGUCCCAAGUCGAGAUCAUUACCCUGGAAAAGUUGAGAGGAUCGUUCUACGUAGACAAUUGUGUCACGAGUGUCCAUUCGCCAGAAAAGCGUCACAAAUUUCAAAAAAUUGCCACCGAAACUCUCAAGACUGGAGGUUUUGAUUUAAGAGGAUGGGAGCACUCAGGGUUGGAGAUGCCAUCGACAGCAAGCUCUGUCCUGGGUCUCAUCUGGAAUCGUGAAACGGACACGUUGACACUGGCUGAUACAGUCAUUCAGAAGGAGAGACCAGCUAACAUCACUAAAAGAACAGUUCUUUCUGCCACGCAGAGUCUAUUUGAUCCGCUCGGCAUGAUCUGCCCAGUCCUCAUUUGUCCCAAGGUUCUGCUGUGGGCAUUUGGGGGAGGACCUGAAGAAGCAUUGAUCUCUCUCCAUGCAUUCGUAGAUGCCAGCCAGGAGGCGUACGCUUCUGUCGUUUAUGCCAGAGUAGAAUUAGGUGACAAAGUGGAGUGCCACUUUGUUAUUGCCAAGGCUCGAGUGUCACCCAAGGACAAACCCAGUAUACCUCGGCUGGAGCUGCUGGCAGCGACGGUGGGAGCUCGUCUCAUGGCCUCAGUGGUAUCUGCCUUGAAUUAUACCCAACGUCUUGGAGCCACAUUCCAGGGAGUCUUAAUCCAGCAGACCUACCAUCACGGAUGUACCGCCAAACAACUGAUCGAAUCUCACUGGCAUGAGGGUGCCUGGUUAAAACUUCCCCCUGCACUGUGGCCGAACUCUACCGGUGAGAUGGACGAAGCAGAAGUCGAUAGAGCGGUCAAGAAGGCCACCAACAAGAAGAAGACACCUGAUGAAGGUGUAGUAACGUGUACGGCGAUCUGUCAUGUCUUGAGUAAUAUUCAAGGUUAA